CCAACGCGGAAUCGUCUUCAGUGCGUUAAUAUGACGCGCGAAGAACGCGUCGUACUCGGGAAACGAGCGCGCACGGAGAUAUCCGCGUUUCAUCACGGCAACCUCGAACAAACGAACUCACGAAAAAUUCUCCGCGAGAAUUAAAAAUUGAGAAAAAGAAAAAAAAACACACACACACACACAACGCGCUCCGACGUGUGUGUUGAUUGUUUGCGUGGGAAAAUCGCGCGUCGGAUAAAUACAAGUGACAUAACUGCGCCCUUGUUCCCGGGGGGCGCUACGUUUUUUUGAAAGUUCGCAGCUGAGAAAAAAAAAAUCCAAAGUGUGAUAAUCGUCCGAUUUUGUGCGCGCGAGUAUCGAAGAGAGGAGAGAUGACAAGGGCGUCGAUGCGACUUGCGAAAUAUCUCAAGUGAAUUUUUCUCGAAAAAGAGACAUUUUGUGUGAUUCAUCGAGAAUUUUCUGUGAGCCGCGAUUUGACGGGCGGAUUUCGCUGGAUCGACACCAAGAUUUCGCGAGAAAUCGGAUAAAUUUAAAUGCGCGAAAGAGAAAAACGCACGGGCCUCCCCCCGAGAACUUUUCGCGAAUGAAGCGAGUUCGCCCGACUAGUUAGAGAGAGAGAGAGAGAGAGAGAAGGAGCGACAUCGGCUCGAGCCGAGAGAAGAAAAAUAUCGAAUCGGAAAUAUCGCGUCGAGGAAUCCACGAAAAAUAACGACACAAGACGCGCGCUUCGCCACAAUGCUGCGCGUACGACGAGAAUACACGUCCCGGUGCCAUGUGAGGAGAGACGAGGCGACGAGACCGACAUGCGCCAGCGCGUGAGAAGAGAGACGCGUAAAACCGCGUUCCGGCGUUUAAGUUAAAACGCUCGUUUUUCGAAGAGUCCGUUUAAUCGGAAGGGUUUUUGACGCGCGCGCUUCCGCGGGAGGAAGAUGCGGUUUCGUGAGAAUCCUCCUCGAGCUGGGACAGCGAAAUCGGUGAAGUUCCAGACGGAAGAGAACGACGAUCCAACGCGCGCUCGAGACACCAGCUCGAUAUCUUCCGUAUCAAGAGGUGCAACGAGGUAUCUUGAGAUUUCUCUUCAAUGCCGCGAGUUCGACACGGCGCGAUUGUAGAAUUCAAAUAAUUAGAAUUAAAAAAAAAAAAAAAAAAAAAAUACUUUCUAUGGAAAAUAUUAAUAAAAUUCGCAAGAGUUUCGAAGAAUUGAAAAACGCGCGAAUUGAAUAGCGCGUAGUUUCGCCUCGUUUUCUCUCGCACCGAGAGCGCAGGGAGAUGAUAAACGAUCGCCGAAGGAAAUCAUCGUCGUCGGCGAGACGAUCCGACGGUGCUGUCCGAGGCCGAUAAACAGUGUGCGGACCGAUUAGAUAAAAAUAUGGCCGCCUGUCAUCCGACACCUGCUGUGCAGCGCGUGCAAUUGCAGGACUCGACGCGAAUCGGCUACGGCGCGAUCAACGGCCUAGGUGCUUCGAAUCAGAAGACUCUUCAUCAGCAGACGAAUUACCCGCCGCAUCUUCUCAACUGGGUCUAUCUGGCGAUCGCCGAGCAGAAUCCGUCUCAACCCCCCGAUCAGAGCAAACUGCUCCCCGCGGUCUGGAGCAACUUUCCCGGCGCGACCUCGCAGCCGUAUUUGCACCAGGGUGCGUUGAAUCCGUCCGGAUCCAUCAGGUCCAUGAGAGGCAACAGGGCGGCUGACAAUAUAGCGGAUCUAGCGGAGUUGCCCUACUUCAAUGAUCUGACCUUAGGCGACAAGAAGCCGAUCAAGAGACCACCGUCGAAUUAUCUUUGUCACUUAUGCUUCAAGAAGGGUCACUACAUCAAGGAUUGUCCGCAGGCGCGGCCGAAGGGCGAGGGUCUGACGCCGUACCAGGGUAAGAAGCGGUGCUUCGGCGAGUACAAAUGUCCCAAGUGCAAGCGCAAGUGGAUGUCGGGCAACAGCUGGGCCAAUAUGGGCCAAGAGUGCAUCAAGUGUCACAUAAACGUGUAUCCUCACAAGCAGAGGCCGUUGGAAAAACCCGAUGGUCUGGACGUGUCCGACCAGAGCAAGGUCCAUCCCCAACACCUCUGCGAGAAGUGCAAGACAUUGGGCUAUUAUUGCAGACGCAGCGCAAUAAUGGCCUAACGCGCGCGCCGAUCUCCGUUCGAUUUUUACUUCCUUUUUUUUCUUUUUUUUUUUUUUUUUUAAAUCGCUGGAAAGAAGAGAGAGGGG